UGCUGCAGCACCAAAGCCAUAAACUCACGCAACCAAACAAGCUUCAAUUAUAACCUUGCCGGCGGCGUUUCACUAGUCGGAAAAUUCAAUUGUAGCGCCGGAAAAAAUGGAGGCUCCGGCGAUCGCAUGUGAUAUUUGGAUCGAAUUAACUUUGUCGUGCGGUCGCUUGUUUGGGAACUCUAAUCGUAUCUGGUGGUAGAAACCCUAAGCCAGAGCGACUUUACUUAACAGAGUUUUCAAGUUAUUCCAUGCUAUGAAGGAUAUUAUGACUAUAUAAUAAUAGGAGAAAAAGAAAAUCAAAAGUGUCUUACUCUAGUUUCAGCGUCUACAGUUUUGGCAGAGUAUUAUUCUUUUUUUCUUUUUUUUUUUUUUCUUUUUUUUAACUUUUGCUUUUCGUUUUGGGGGGUUCUUCGUCCUCAAAUUUUGAAAACGAAGACGGAGAAUCGAGAAAGGUAAUUUUGCAGAACUUCAGAGGCUUAGCUAGUUUUACAUAGUUCUGUCUUCUGACUCCAAUUAAAAAUUGAGCUCGAGAUUCGAAAAUGGAAGAGAGAGAAAAUUGAGAGCGUGAGAUUCUAUUCUGAGCCAUCAUCGUUAUCGUGAUGCCUUUUCCGAUGAAAAUUCAGCCGAUCGAUUGUCAGAUACCUCCGGAGGGGACUCGGCUUGAGCUGGUGAAGCCGGUUGUGAAGUCGCGAUUCAAGCGGCUCUUCGAGCGCCAGUUCUCCGGCGUUCUGAGAAAUUCGGCGGUGGACAAGAUCGGCGUCGGCGGCGAGGAACAGCAUUUAUGCAAGGACGGCUUCAACGGUUCCAGUGAAUUCGAACCGAGCUCGGCGUGUUUGACGAAAAUGGUGCAGAAUUUCAUCGAGGAGAAUCACGAGAAGCACUCCGCUUCCGUUAGAUGUGGACGCAACCGCUGUAACUGCUUCAAUAGGAACUGUGACGAUAGCUCCGAGGACGAGUCAGACACGCACGGCGGUUUCGGCGACUCCAACUAUUCUUCCGGUGAAGCUUCUGAAAUCCUCAAGGGUUUGGUGACUUGUGCGAGCGUUUCUGAGAGGAAUUUGCUAGCGGACGCUGCAAAGAUUGUUGAUAAGAACAAGAUCUGCAAGCGCAAAGAUGAUUUCAGCCGAAAGAUCGUCACGGAGGGAUUGAUUGCUAUCGGAUACGAUGCUUCCAUUUGCAAAUCUCGCUGGGAAAAAUCCCCUUCCUACCCCGCCGGGGAAUAUGAAUACAUAGAUGUGAUGAUUGGGAAAGAGCGGGUGCUAAUUGACAUUGACUUCAGGUCAGAAUUCGAGAUUGCUCGAUCGACCAAAACGUACAAAACGAUCCUCCAGAACCUUCCAUGCAUAUUCGUUGGCAAGUGUGAUCGGUUGCAGAGCAUCGUGGCAAUCGUGGCGGAGGCGGCGAAGCAGAGUCUGAAGAAGAAGGGCAUGCACGUUCCGCCAUGGAGGAGAGCCGAAUACGUCAAAGCAAAGUGGCUCUCCCCUUACACGCGAACCACUACGCCCCCAACGCUUUUGUCUCACGCGAUCCAAGAGGAGAAGGAAAACUCUGUCUCUGAUUCGCUGUUUGCUUUGUCUGAGAGUUCCGCCGAAGACGAGAAGGCGGUGAUCGAAUGGAAGCCGCCGGAGCCGAAGCCGAAGGGUUCACUUUCUGGGGUUAAGAUCGUGACUGGUUUGGCAGGGGUUUUUGACGAUGAUAACCCAUAAAAUUUUGAUUUUUUUUUUCGGUUUUUUUUUUUCCUCUUUUAAUUUUCUAAUAUGAGGAUUCAAAAUCUUAAUAUAACUGUAACACCUCUAUCCCCUUCUGUUUUUUUUCUUAUGUACGGGAUGGAUUUUACUAAUAUGAAUAAAAUAAGUUGAAAUAUAGUUUAGUUA